AUGCCACAACUUAACCCCUCCCCUUGAUUUCUGAUUCUUGUAUUCUCGUGAAUUGUCUUUCUAACUAUUCUUCCACCCAAAGUGCUCGCCCACACAUUCCCUAACGAGCCUGUGUCCCACUCCAAACAAAAACCCCAAACAGAGCCCUGAAACUGACCAUGACAUUAA